AUUAAUUUUGCUUCUUACAAUAUUGAUGUUCAAACAACCAAUUUAAAAAAUCAUUAUGCUAAACAUCAUCAAAAAGAAUAUCAAACAAUUCUUGCAACAGAAGAAGCCAAAAGAAACCAAGUUAAAAAGACUAAUUUAAAAGAAAAAAAUAUUGGUCAAUUUUUUGCAUCGCUAUUUGAAAAUAGUUUAGUUAUUCAACAGUCUAUCCAACAACAACAAAUUGAAAAAAUUAACGAAGCUCAAGAUGAAGAUUAUUUUACUGAAGAAGAAGAAAUAGAAGUUGUUCAAACUUCGAUUCCUUUAACAAAAAAAAAGAAAAACUGA